CAGUUUAGUCAUUGCAGACAAGUCAGGGUAAAUUUGUUACUUUCAACUACUAUUUUCCCAGAAGUUAUUGAAGAAAGAGAGAAUGUUGUCAGGCCAAUGUGGCCGACACGCCGUACGGGCUGUUCCUCCUCGGCGACGACGUCGUUUAGCUGAGGCCCGGCUUCGACCUGCUGAUAAACUAAUCACCAAAUGCAAGAAAAGAUAAAAAAGAUCAUCACAAGAAGUGAAAAAACUGUCGGGAAUCGGGUCAGAACUUAUCAUCGUACUACCCUCUGAAUCCAAGACUUCCCUUUCUUGGAAAAUCCAAAAACCCACCAAAGGACAAAGAGAAACGAACAUGUUGUUCUUGUUUUGUUUUGCUGAGCUUGAACAUUUGCUGUUCUUUAAAACCUGUGUAACUGGGAGUACAGGAAAAGUCAAACAAUUUGCAGUCCUUUUGAUUCAGUAGCGUUGACCCGUCGUGAGUGUGACCACACCAUACGACUUUACUAUUUCUUCAACAAGUUGAGAGAAGUCCCAUUUAAGCAAUUAUUUACUCGUUUUGGUUGGUUGGGAGUGAGCACUGGUGAUGUAGGUGUGGUGGGUUUCAAGAUUUUCGAGUUAGUUUUAUGGGAUUGCUUGCUCAGGUUUUUUCCUUUUGUUUAUUUCUUGGUGGGCUGUAAUAACAUAGACUACAUAGUCUACAACGUAAAAUAUAGAUUUAUGAAUUAAAGAUUGUUGUUUGGUGAAGAAAUUUGGAGCUGGGAAAAUAAAGAAAAGAAAAUGACGGUAGCUUCAGAUGUACGGUUGGUGCGUUGUCCCAAGUGUGAAAAUCUUCUCUCGGAGCUCCCUGACUUCUCCCUCUACCAGUGUGGUGGCUGCGGUGCUGUUCUCAAAGCUAAAAAGAACGGGUUUCCGGGAGAUGGAUCACUGAAGAUGUCUGAUGUAGAGGAUAUUGGAACUUCUGAGGCAGGCAAUAUAUCUAAUAUUUCUGAGGUUCCCAUGGAAAGUGCAGAUGUAAUUGAGAGAGGUCAAGUAGUGUAUAUCCAUAAUGAAAGAAUGGCUUCCAACGGUAGUUCCAUAUCACAAGCUGAAAGCGCAGAUGUACUAUCUAGUUCCAAUGCAAGGAAGAAAGGAAAAGAAACGAUGAGAAGAAGGGAGGACUUAGAUGAUGAGUACAGUUCAUAUUCUCAGGGAGUUCAUAACAGAAAUGAGGGCAGAAAUGGUGAGUUGAAAGUGGAUAGGCCAGAAUAUGUAACUGUUCACAGUGAAAAGACCUUUUAUAAUAUCAGGCCUCCAAUUGAGUCAUUAAGGUCAAGGCAUUUUACAGACAUGCAGGGUGUGAAAAGUAAAGGGACGUCGAGUUACAACACAAACUAUUAUUACGAACAGGGUGACAGGGGAAGAUAUCUGGAUCACGACUGGAAUGGGCUUUCUAUGGUUGAGAAAUCAGAGAAUGGUCGAGCAGAGCUCCUAAGGAAACUUGAUGAGUUGACGGAUCAACUUAGUCGUUCUUGUGAGGUGACAGAGAGAUCCAAGGGAAGGAUUGGAACUAAUCAGAGGAUGGGUUCUCCAACUCUCCCUGAUCCUUAUCCCAGGCAUCAUGCUGCUUAUCUUCAAGAAGGCUUGACUAGUUCACAUGGUGAAAACAAGCAACAACUUUGCCCAGAUGAUAUUUCGGCCGCCUAUUUAAGCCAAAAUCCUGGAUUUUUUCCUUAUAGAGAUGGGUAUGGCCCAAGUUUGCAGGAACCCACACAUCCUCUAAGAGGACACCCUUAUGAGUUCCAGGGUUAUGCUGAUACACCUCAGCAAGAAAUGUUUCAGAGGCUGCAUCACCAACCGCAAUCUCAAUAUAUGUAUUGGCCCCAUAAUGAGAAUUCUCAUGGUUUCUAUGACCGUGUCAAUCACCACCUCCUUAUGUUACACCCACAUGAAAACUAUUUUCACCAGCCGGCUUGCUCUUGUGUUCACUGCUAUAAUAAGUAUUGGCAUUUGCCUCCUAAGAUUGGUCCCUCUGGUUUGCAUGAUCAAAGGUCUCAAAAUGAACCUUCAAAUCCAAAUUAUCAUCACCAUCUCACUCCUGUUCAACACGGACCACGGGGUUAUGGUUCCGGACGCUCCAGGUUGCAUACUUCGUAUUCUCAACAACCCCUAACUUUGAGUUCAAAUGACGUGGAUUCUGAAAAUGAACUUAAUCACCAACGUCCUCGGAAGGUAGUCGUAGCUCAUCGGAGUGGGAAAGUAUGUCAACCAAUUGCAGGUGGUGCUCCUUUCAUAGCAUGCUCUAACUGCUUUGAGUUACUCAAACUCUCACGAAAACACAUCUCACUGGCAAAGAACCAACAAAAAAUGAAAUGUGGGGCCUGUUCUUCAAUAAUCUUGUUAGAACUUGGGAAUAAGGGUUUUAGCAUGUCAGUUUCUGCACAUGUCAGCCAUGUGCCAACUGAGAUUGAAGACGGCUCUAGUGUGAUAGUUGAUGAAAAUGGGAAAAUUUUGCAUGGUGGUUCAAAUGGAGGCAACAGGACUGCUUGCUCUGAUGAUUAUGAUGAUUCUGUGCCUCAGUUUCCAGCGGACCAGAAAUCAAAUUCUGGCGAGUCUGAGAAGUUGUUGGGUCAUCUUUCUUCGACUUUGACUGUCUCUGAGGAUGAGAAAAUCCCAGAAAACUUAGCAUCUAAAAAAUAUAGUUCUCUGUCUGCAGAGCCACAGUUAACAGAAGUCGAGUCUUUUCAGCAUCCUGAUUUCCCUUCCGUGCAAUGCCCUGAGCAUUGUUGUGAUGAUGUUGUUGUCAGCCGAUUUGACAAGGGAAACAAAAGUAAACGAUCGAAGUUUGACCAGAGUACCUCCGAGCAUAAUUCUGUAAACAAUCCAGCAGUAGCAACUGAGAUCGACAUGUCCUUAAAUGAAUUUUCAAACAGCUGUGUAUCCCAGGAGUCUAUGGACAAAAGUGGAGAAGCUCAUCCAAUGGUUAACAAAGGAAGGGACUCUUUAUUUACAGGUCUUAUUAAAAAGGGCUUCAAAGACUUCACAAAAUCUAAGCAAAAUGUGGAAGUUGGUGGAUCAGAAGUUUUUGUCAACGGGCGCUUAAUACCAGAUCAUCUAGUUAAGAAGGCUGAAAAGCUAGCUGGGCCUGUUCAACCCGGAGAGUACUGGUACGAUAUCCAAGCUGGAUUUUGGGGUGUGAUGGGCCAUCCUUGUCUGGGCAUUGUUAUGCCAAAUAUCGAGGAAUUCAAUUAUCCCAUGCCAGAGAACUGCGCUGCUGGAAACACAGGGGUCUUUGUCAACGGGCGUGAACUUCACCAGAAAGAUUUAGACUUGCUUGUCAGCCGAGGUCUUCCGAAAACAAGACACAAGUCUUAUCUCAUUGAGAUUUCAGGGAAAGUGGUCGACGAGCAAAGCGGGGAAGAACUAGACAGCCUCGGCAAACUUGCAACGACCGUUGAGAGGGCGAAGCAUGGAUUCGGUAUGAGAGUUCCGAGAUUUAUUGCUCAAUCCCAGAGUUAGCUGAAAGUGCUACAUUCUUGCCAACUUCUGCACAUAGUAACAGUUCUAUCUCCCAGAGCACAUUAUGCAUCAUAACUCGUACCUUCCGGGGCAACACAUCAGUCCGGAAGUUGCUGUAAAUGCUUUCCGUUAGUUCCGGAAACAAUGAAUUUGUAUUUACUGCAAUUUCAGGCAUGAAACCACCCGAUGUAUUUCCAACUCAAUGUGUGUGGCUGUUUUGGUUUUAUUUCUUGGUUCUCAGCAAUUUGCAAAGAUGGCUGCAGGCUUAUGGACGCAGUUGCUGGGAUGCCUUUGAACAGAUUGAUUGAUGUAUUCAUGGUUUGAUGACAACGUUGUUGGUGACACACAGUUGGGAACUUUUAUUACAAGUUGAUAUUACAUCUCA